AUGGACAGUAUUGGCGACGAAUGCACGCCGCUGAAGCACGAGUACGACGCGUGUUUCAACAAAUGGUACAGCGAGAAGUUCCUGAACGGCGACAGCACCAACGAAUGUCUGGCGGUGUUCAAGAAAUACCAGGCGUGCGUCAAAAAAGUGCUGCAGGACAAGGGCCUGACCAAGAUGAUCACCGACGCACGGCCGGCCAUCGGCUCGACGUUCGGCGACGACCAGGAGGCCAAGUAA